CCUGGCGCACGGGUCCCGCGAAAUUUCGUCGGCGCGCGUUUCUCGGCGCAACCUAUCAGCCCACUGCUGGAAGGUGCUGAAUUAAUUCAUCAAGGAGCCAAACUUUGACGCAGACUACCCUCGCCCGCCGCGCCUGCCAUGUCGAGGGCCCAGCAGGUUGCGCGGCCGAUCGUGCGGUCGCUGCGGCAAGCAGCCGGCAGCACGUCAGCAGCAGGUUCACUGCGGCCGAUCGCUCUGCGCCCCUUCUCGUCGACGCCAAACCGCCAAGAUGGCACGCCGACGACAAGCACACCCGCGGAACCCGCAUCCGAGGCAGAAAAGCUCGCCGCUGAUGCUGCCCUACUUGGUCAAAAGAAAGCAUCGUCAUCCACCUCGACGAUCAGGCAAGGGACUGAGGAGCAGCUCUCCCAGCUCCUGUCGCCGCGGCUCGGUUCCCUGAGAAGACGGGCCGCCCUGGCCACGACUGGCAAUAUCCCCUUCGAGCAACUGCCGUACCAGUGCUUCCAGGAGGCGCGCAAGAUCUUGGCCCAGGACCGUGAGGAAAAGGUAGCCAAGAUUGUGAUUGAAAUCAAAAAGAUCAAGCGACUGGAAGCGACCGAUGCAAGCGUCUUCCGUGGCGGUGAGGAGCACAAGCAGAGGCGGCUGAGAGGUCUGAGGCGGCAAGUCGAGAAGCUCAAGAUCCUGGCAGACAUCAACGACCCGUCAAUAAAGAGGCGCUUCGAGGACGGCCAGGGCGACAUGAACAAGCCCAUCUAUCGCUACCUCGCUCUCCGCAAAUGGCACUCCAUGGACUACAAGAUCAUUUUGCAGCGUAUCGAGCAGUUCCACAUCGUGCCCGAUCUUCUGCCGAAGUUCGUUCCGACAAUGGACGUCAAGGUGUCCUUCCGCGGCUAUAACGUAUCCCCAGGCGCCAUCCUCGACAGCCGCGUCACCGAGAGCGCCCCGACCCUGCGCAUGCAGGUUUUUGACAAGGGCGAGCGGCUCCUAUCCGUCGUGGUCCUCGACGCGGACGUCCCAGACCUCGACUCGGACUCGUUCAAGAAGCGCCUCCAUUUCCUGGCCACCAACAUCCCUUGGAACCCCACCAAGGUCUCUCUGCCCCUGUACCGGCUGAGCAGCGACUCAGCCUCCGCCUCGCCCGAGCUCGGCACCCUCGCCGUCCCAUGGAUGCCCGCCUUCGCCCAAAAGGGCUCCCCGUACCACCGCCUCAGCAUCUUCGUCCUGCAGCACAAUAACAAUGUAGCCCUCGACCCGAACCAAUUGAAAAAGCUCUACGACGGGGAAGGACGCGAAGGGUUCAGCCUCAAGAGCUUCCGCGACAAGUUCGAUCUCAAGCCCGUUGGGUUCAACCUGUUCCGCACCGUGUGGGACGACAACACGGCCGACGUCAUGGCUCGCCACGGCAUCCCUGGCGCCGACGUCGAGUUCAAGCGGAAGCGCCUCAUGUCGCUCAAGCCGCCGCGCAAGGCCCGCGGCUGGGAGGCCAAGCGCCAGAAGCCCAAGUACCGCCACCUGUGGAAGUACACCAAGCGGAUCAAGGGGCUUUCGUUCUAGCCAACAAGAGGCCCUUUGUGAUGCGGCCGUGUUCGGGGGAGGACGGGCGAGGAGGGAAAAAGGGCUAUGUGGGGGCGACGGUGAUAGAGGAG